AUGCCAAGUGGACAAGUCUCCAUCCAACCCCUCAUGCUCUUGACCAUGCACCUCUCUCCAUUCACGCCUCAGCCCACACUCUUUCAGUCCCCUCAUUUCCGACUUGCCAUCCACCCCCUCGUCCUGUGUCCUGCGUCCACGCGGCUGGCCCUUGCUCUCUGUCCAUCCCCAGCAUUCAAGCCCGCUGCCUUUGGCCUGCUGGAAUGCCCGCUGGCACCUGUAUGCAUCCUCUUUGCCUCACCUCUCACACCUACCUCACCUUUCUCACCUCCCUCACCUCUCUCACCUUCCUCACCUUCCUCACCUCUCUCACCUCCCUCACCUCCCUCACCUCCCUCACCUCUCUCACCUCUCUCCCUCACCUCUCUCACCUCUCUCACCUCUCUCACCUCUCUCCCCCCCCUCACCUCUCUCCCCUCCCUCACCUCUUCACCUCUCUCCCCUCUCAUCACCUCUCAUAUCUCGCCUUCCUCACAUACUUUGCCGUACAGCUUCCCUCCCGCCUCCCAUCAGUUGGAAUGGUCCCAACCCAACUCAUGGGUGGGGUUGCCGCCAGUUCAAGUGGCCAUGGCUGUUGAUGCUGCUGAGGUGGCAGCCACAAUCACCCAACUCCUUUAA